AAAUUCGAAUUUCAAAAGAUUUAUUUUUUUAACCUGUGAAAUGUUUAUUAUAACACAUGGAUACCUUAAACGUGUGGAUUGUUCUGAAUUCAGUCUGUGGAUUGGCUUGAACUAAAGCUGUGGAUUGUUUUACAAAAAAAAACUCGCUGCUUGCCCUACAUUGUCCGUAUUUUUCGUUCUACAAACCGGCGGAUUAUCCCGUAUUAGGCCGUGUAUGAAAGCUGUAGACCUGUUUAGACUGGGUGAAGGAUUGCUGUUUACACACUGAUCGAGCUGUCUGUGAGAAUGGAUGGGAACCGGCGUCAUGAGGGGAAGCCAUGGCUGACUAGACACACAAACAACGGCGGAUCUCCGCGCUUCACCAAGGGCGGACGAUGCACACGGAGGACGUUGCUAGAAAAAGUUCUGCUGCUGCUGUUGCUGGCAGUGGUUGCUGCCCUUAUUGCUGUUGUCAUCGUCUUAAUCGUGGAGAAAAAUAAAUCCCCGAGCAGCGCCCAGGUGUCUCCUGCAAUAGCGGCGUCAGAUAUCUGCAUGUCUCAAGAAUGUGUCAAGACAUCUGCUAGUGUGGCCAGCAACAUGGACUUAAAAACUGACCCGUGUGAUAACUUCUAUCAGUUCUCCUGUGGUCAGUGGCUCAAGGAAAACGUCAUCCCAGAUGACCAGUCAAGUUUCAACAUUUUUGGCGUCUUGACCGAUAAAGUGGACAUCAUUUUAAAAGAUUUGUUGGAGCAACCAGAUAAGCAAGACAUUCCAAGCAUUAAGAAAGCCAAGGAUUUGUAUGCAUCAUGCAUGAACAUGGACCAAAUCAACAAGCUGGGAGAUGGCCCAAUCAAGCAAUAUCUGGCCGACACUUACGGCGGCUGGCCGUUGACAAACAGCUCUUGGGACGAGGGUAGUUUUGAUUUGGCCACGACGAUUGCUAACCUUCAUCGAAACGAGCUCUACAUAAUAAUUACGUUGUACGUCUCCUCAGACAACAUGAACUCUUCCAGAUACAUCAUGCAGAUAGACCAGCCGUCGUCAUUCGGCCUGCCAGGACAGAAGUAUUACCUGGUGGAGAGAAACGACACAAUGCUAAAAGCUUAUGAAGAAUUUAUUUACGCUGUGGGUAACCUCAUGGGCUUCGCUAAUGCUAGCACUGCAGCUCAGGAUAUCAAGGAUAUUGUCGACUUUGAGAUUCAACUGGCUAAUAUAUCAGUCCCUGAUGAACAACGAAGAGACAGCAAAAAAUUAUACAACCCCAUGACGCUGAGAGAAAUUAUUGGGAACUACAGUCAACAAUUCAAUUGGACAAGUUUUUUCAAUCAAAUCUUCUCAAGUCCCGAGAUCGGCCUUACAGAUGUGACUGGUGAUGAAAUUUUGAUCAACUUGUCUCCCUUGUACUAUGAGCGUUUAUCAAAGGUGCUAGAAGCCACACCAAAAAGGACGAUAGCUAACUUCCUGAUGUGGCGUCUGAUCAAGCAACACUUUGAAGCUAUGGGAGACAAAUAUCUGGCUGCAAAGGCUGUGUAUGAUAAGGUCGUUUAUGGCACCACUGCUAGAAAACCAAGGUACAAGAUUUGUGGUUCCUACACAACCUCAGUUCUCUCCCUUCCUGUUGGACAACUUUUUAUCAAAGACAACUUUGAUGUUCAAGCAAAGAAUAUUGCAUCUGAUAUGAUAACACAACUCCAAGCUUCCUUUAAUGAACUUCUGGCUUAUGUGGACUGGAUGGAUGAAGACACUAAAUUGGUAGCCAAGGAAAAGAAUGCUUUUAUAUCACCAAAGAUUGGUUAUCCUAAGGAGGUCCUCAAUAAUACUUACCUAGAAGAAGCGUAUAAAAAUCUAACAUAUGAUGUUAAACAUUUUUUCAACAAUAUCCUGACUAACAAAAGAGAAGAUUUCUUUGAAAGUUUUCGGCAGCUGAGGAAGGAGGUUGAUAAAGAAAAAUGGGCUAUAGCACCAUCAACGAUAAAUGCCUACUACAGCUCAUUAAAAAACCAGAUCAUGUUUCCUGCAGGCAUCCUUCAACCACCAUUUUUUAGCAAGAAUUUUCCAAUGUCAAUGAACUAUGGAGGUAUAGGGAUGGUUAUUGGUCAUGAAAUAACUCAUGGCUUUGACGACAGAGGACGGCAAUAUGAUAAAAAUGGAAAUUUAGUAGACUGGUGGUCCUCAUCUGCUAUAGAUAAGUUCAAGGGCAAAGCUAGCUGCAUAAUAGAACAAUAUGGCAACUUUACUGAACAGCUGACAAAAGAAAAACUAAAUGGAAUCAAUACACAAGGAGAAAACAUAGCAGAUAAUGGUGGCUUAAAGCAGUCAUUUAGGGCAUACAGAAACUGGGUUGACAAACAAGGGAAAGAGGAGCAAAGGUUGCCUGGUUUGAAUUUCACCCAUAAUCAGCUGUUCUUUAUCAAUUUUGCUCAAUUGUGGUGCAAUUUAAUGACAAAAGAAGACGCACUUAGCAGAAUUAAAGUAGGAGUUCACAGUCCAGGUGAAUUCAGAGUUAUUGGAAGUGUCCAAAAUUCCAAGGAAUUUUCUGAAGCAUUCAACUGUCCCCUUGGUUCCAACAUGAACCCACAGAAGAAAUGCUCAGUAUGGUAACCUGUUGUUAGCCCUGAUAUGUUAUGUUAUAAAAGUGAUAACACAGCCUGGUGACGAUAACCUCAACAGUCUUCACUUUUGUCUUAACUCAAUUUUAAAUUUCAUUACAACUCUGAUGAUGAAACUUCCAUAAAUCAGACUGAAUGUUUACAAUAUUUGUUCUUUGGCAACUUUAAUAAAAACUCUAUUGUAAAAACAGAUGGCACUGCUAUUCACAUCAGAUUAGUUUUCUAAUACUUUUCAACUUUGCUAUAGUUAUAAAGAAUAACAAAAUGUACUAGACAAUCCACAUCCAUCUCUGUUUGUAAAACUUCAGUCGCUCUAUUGAAAUCAUCCAGACAGCAUGUUCACAUGUAGAAAUGAGUAGGUAUUGUGGAUCUGAGAAAUCCUGUAAUCAUUUUCCUCUAACAUUUUUAUGUUAUUUUUGUAUUUUAUUUUAUUAAAUUAUUACACAUAACAGAAUAGAAUUAAAUUAUCAUUUGUAUCAAGACAUAAAAACUGUCAAGAAUAUAUAUCUUUAUAUUUUGCUUUAUUUUCAAUUGAUUUAUUUAUAAGUUGCAAAUUUAAGUAUUAUUGUUUUUUUCUAAAUUAACACUUUUUAUUUAAAUAUUUUAUAAAAUAUACUAGAAAAAAAAUUAAUAUUGUAACCUUUCUGUUGUUGUUUUUUUAUUGCUGCUAAAUAAAGCACAAUUUUUCU